AUGUCCACAGAGCAAUCGGGAAUGCCCAAAGACGAAGCGCCCGUGGAGGUGGUUGGGUCUAGACGUGCCUCUGCCGCCAGACGGUCGCGUCGGAAGAAGGACGACGACAAUAAUACCACCACCUCCACCACUAAUACUCCCGACACGCGAGCCAAGAAGAAGGAGGACAAGGAGAAGGAGAAAGAAAAGGAAAAACCUACUCGUGCGCCUCGUCGUCCCCGCGAAAAGUCCUCCGCAACAGCUGCUUCUCGGAAGAAGCCCAAGUUGGAGCAAUCGGGCGACGAGGCCGCGGCCCUUGCUACUAGUACUCCUGCUGCUGCUGCUGCUUCCACACCUACGCCCACGCCCGCAGCUGCUCCUCCUUCAGCUCCCACUCCUCCGGCACCAACUCCUCCAGCUCCUCCGGCCGAUCCCACUCCUCCUCCGCAGGCAGCUCCUACCCCUCCGGCACCAACUCCUCCAGCUCCUCCGGCCGAUCCCACUCCUCCUCCGCAGGCAGCUCCUACCCCUCCUCAGCCGACACCCACUCCAUCAUACAAACAAAUCGCAGCCUCCCCCCUCCAGCCGACCCAGGCACCACCUGCGCCAGCACCAGCUCCAGCGCCCGCUCCUCCACGAACAAGUGGCCGCAAUUUCGACCCUAUUCGCUCCGCGUUUGAUAAUCCCUCGCCAGCGCCCGUUUAUAGUCCUCCGCCGACUCUUUCGCCGCGAAACAGCUAUCGCGCGAGUGCUUCGCCGGCGAUCUCCAGCAUCAUCGACCCGCCUGGUCAAACACAACCCUCAUAUGCCCCGCUGCCGCGAUCUUCCUCUGCCCAUGUCUCGGCCGUCUCCUCACCGGCGCCGCCUCCUAUGGCGCAUACGCCGACGCAUCAUACCCUAGCUCCCUCGCCAAUCCCCGCCUCUCCCUCCCACGGAGCUGUUCACACGCCCCAACAACAGCUACAUACCACCUCCCACUAUACUCCGUAUAGCGAGCAGCGGCCAAAUCAUUCUCAACCACCUCAGCUCGAGCUUUCGCCGCCGGCCCUACAACAACCGCAACCGCAAUCUAAUGCCCAACCUCAACGGCCCGCGGAACCUCCAGCUCAAGCUGCCACACCUCAGCGCCUGCUCCAGCAACCAGACGCUAUGGACAUUGACUCGAAGGAACCAACGGCAUCAACGAAGAAAGAAAAAGGCACAACCACCGCCCCUUCUUCGAAAGCUCCCUCUCCCAAGCCCGCUCGUGCAGCCAAAGAAGCACCCAAGAUCCCACAAGGAUCAGGGCUUAUCACAAAUGCGCUCUUCGGCGGUGUUGAUGAAUCGUCCAAGUCCGAUGCGCGCAGUGUGCCGAAUAUCAUCCUGGCGGAAGAGCAGUACGGUUUCGCAGCACUGCACCCACGCUUGGCCGCGCACAAGGACCGUCUUGCGCGCGUCGCCGCUGCCGGUGCAGCACUCGAGCGAAACGAUAAAGGCCUUAAGGGCAUCUCGGCCGGCGAAAGCGCAGACGAGGAUCUGAGUCUUGAUGUCGAUCGUGACAGCGAUUUAGAUGGCGAUGUCUCCAUGGGCGGUGCGGGCACCGGCACCAACGGCGUUCAGUCGGAGGCUAGUGAGGGGAAGAAGAAGCGCCGAAAGAAGGUUGAGGAGUAUGAUCGUGACGACCCAUUCGUCGAUGACAGCGAGAUGGCAUGGCAGGAGCAGGCGGCCGCCAGUAAAGACGGAUUCUUUGUGUAUAGUGGUCCACUCGUGCCGGAGGGCGAGAAGGUUCAGGUAGAGCGUGCUGACGGUACAAUCAAACGCGGUCGUGGCCGUGGCCGAGGAACAGGCCGAGCUCGCUCCCUCGCUUCCCACCCCCACGUCCCAAUCGCCGCUGCAGUCCCCAUCUCUCAGGAAACCGGUCUCCCUUUGCGCGGCCCUGGCUCACGAGGCGGAGUUUCACGCCGCGGUCGCGGGGCAAAGAAAGCAGACGCCUCGGAUAAACACACCGAUCGCGCUGGCACAUCGGCCUCCACAUCCCAUGAAGGCCGUGGUGGACGUGGCGGUGGCUCUGCAGGUCGAGGCGGUUCGUCCUCGCGUGGCGGGAAGAGCUCCAUGAUGUCGGUGCUGGACAUCGCACCUGCUCCGGGGCCACAGGGCCAUGCGGGGAAUCUUGCACCAGCACCAGGUCCGAGUCCGCUUGCCGGGCCGGACCUAGUUAUGAAAUGA